UCCAAUUCGCAUUUCAGCUCACCUUUCACUGCUGAGCUGGUCGUUUUCGUCCGCUUCGCGCUCGCCUGCGUGUGUGUGCGUCGGUGCGUCUACUAACAUGCUGCUAACGAUCAAUCCACUCCGCCGCUCCAAACAGUCAUGCCAAACACUGUAGCCUCUAUUAUGCUUUCAUCCAGCAUCAUAUUUUUGGUUAUGUUCAUUUCAGUUGCAUCAGCCGGGUCAACAGGGGGCAGGAAUGAGACAGUAGGUCUGAGCUGCUACCAGUGUGUGAGGCAGACGGAUGAUCCCUGCACGCCGCAAGACCUCAGACCUUGUCCGAAGAGGAGCGAUCGCUGUGUCACUCACAUUCAGAAAGAUGAGAACACGGGCUUCAUGAUCAAGAGAGAAUGUGGAUUGGGACCAUGUCAGUUUGAUGAUGAAAUGGCGCGGAAGGGUUUGGGCCUGGACAGAUGUGACAGAACAAGAAAACAGUAUUUUUGCGUGCAUUGCUGCAAAGAAAGUGGAUGUAAUGGUGUAACUGACAUUCAUUCAACUUCUCAGUUGAAAGUGUAUCUCUUGUUCCCUCUUCUAAGUUUGUCAAUGAUUAAACUGUGAUAAAAAUGAAAGGAAAUUCUUGGAGUUCCAAUGACCUAUGGACUCAGAGUGUAUAUCAAUUUCAUAUUUGAUAUAAAAACUCGCCCAUCACUAAAAUAAGUUAUAGAGGUUGUGAAGAAAUGUUGAAGUUGAGGAAGUUCUCAAAAUAAAGGAGGCUUUGAAACACAAGCGUUACCUCAA